AUGAUUGCUACCCGAGAGGGAGCCUCUAAGAUCCCUCUCAGCGGGCCGGUGUGCCUGGAGCUGGGGGCGGGCUGUAGGCUGCUCGGGCUGUGCCUCGCGCCCUUCCCACUGGCGAAGCUCAUCCUCACAGACGCCAGCACUGCUUCCCUCGCCAACCUCUGCACCAACCUCGCCACCAACUCGCUGCCCUUCUCCUCGGGCCCGGGGAUUUCCCCCCUCCGCCCCUCACACCCUCAUGGAAGCACGAGUCAAAGCGCCCAGCGAUGUGCGAACGGGGUGGUGCAGUGCGGUGGGAGAGAGGAGGUGUGCGAGGGUACUUGGUCAGAAGGGGCUGCAGGGAUGCAAGGGUGGGAGGGCGUGGAGGGGGAAGUGUGUGCAGGAGGGGAAGGAGGUGCAAGGGUGCAUGUGCAGCAGCUGUGUUGGGAAGAGGUCACACCCGCGCUCGCAUCAUCCCUCUCUGCUGACAUCAUCAUCGGUGCUGAUAUCGUGUACAACCCCUCCGUGGUCCCUGCCCUCGCUGACGCACUGGCAGCCCUGCUGUCCACGUCAGCGCACAGCACACGCACGGAGCACACCACCUGGCAGGAUAAACACCCAGCUGGCGCCACCCACGCUGCUGCCACACAGCACACGGGCAUGCCUGACCAUGCAACCUCCUCCCCACUACCCAUCUCCCUUCCUCCACCCCCCUACGCCCUCAUAGCCUCCACGCAUCGAAAUCCACUGACCAUGGCAUGCUUCCUGCAGGCCCUGCAGGACCGUGGGCUGCAGGUGAGGGAUGUUGCUGAGGAGCUCAUGCCCCACUCUUCCUCUCGGCCUCCGUCACGAUGGUUCCAUUGCUUGGAGCUUCCAGAAGCGGACCUCAUGAUGCUGCACCUGAUUCACAUGUGA